AUGCGUGUUUCACGCAUAUAUUUUGGGGACUCUGAAAUGAUUCGUCAAAACUUCAAUCGUUUCGAUUAUUCCGUUGGAUAUCAAUUCCUCCCAAGGCGGUCACAGUCGGCUUCGGCUUACUCGGAUGAGCUGAAGGCCAGUAGUCGCGUCUCCGGUCACGCGUUUCUGCUAGCAGUCGGGCAGACGGUGUCCAGUGGUAUUGUAUGUACAGCCGAAUGGUCGCGUAGCAGCCGCUCGUGCGAGGCGAGGGCCUGGCCCCUGCAGAAAGGCGAAGUGAGGAAAGUUCCAGCAGCGAGGAAGCCUGACCUGAUUCUUGCUGAAGGAGGAGCAACGCAAGCUUUGGAAACAAGCUUUCCCGUACGUCACCAGAUCCCAGUACUUCUAAUUGCUGACGAAGCAUGCAGAGCAGGUCGGAUAUCGAAUAAGCACGGCAGCCUCCUGCUUUCGAACACGCACACAGUGUGUCGACAACCGGAUGCCUCAAGCGUCACUACUAGUAGUGAUGAAGACACACAGGCGAAACGGGUGAACGAAGUCUUUGCGCCGCUCGCCACUCCCAAGCAUUUCACCGUCAUCUCUUCAUCGGCCUGCACUUUCAUACACCGAAGACGUGUCUUGCGCUAUCAUCGACCUCUACCUUCGCAACCGACGGACGAUGGGCGCAGCAUUCGCUCCCUACAUUGCACUGCCUCGGCCCUGACUGUCGAUCCGAAUAUUCAAUUCAGCGUUGACGGCCAGGUAGCAUUUGGACGGAGCACAUCGUAUGGCACUGUUACUGAUUACACCUUUCACAUUCGGUAUACACUUGGCACAUUCAAGUUAUCAAAGGUCCAAUCUCCUGCAGUCUGCGAAUGUCACCAGAUUUAUCUGAUCAUGUUGCACUACUUGCCAUCAGAAAUCUACGAACCGGCGAACAUUGACACUCGAUGA